AUGCAAGCGCUUCCACUGAGGCAGGCGGUCCGGUACAGCAGACAGUACACUUCAAGCGCCGCAUUUUGUAAUGAUGACAUCCCUCUUGCAGUUCCUAGGCUCGGUGGGGGCGGGAAGCUUCCCACGAGUUAUUCUUUUUUUCCAUGUUUCUUCGCCUGGAAUGAAGUCUUGAGUGAAUUUAUGGCAGAAGAAAGCAAUGAAAAAUUCUGGCAGUUUUUGGAAACUGUACAAGAAUUAGCAAUUUAUAAGCAAACAGAAUCAGAUUAUUCUUAUUACAACUUAAUCCUGAAGAAAGCUGGACAGUUUUUAGACAAUUUACACAUCAACCUCUUAAAGUUUGCUUUCUCUAUAAGGGCAUACUCUCCAACUAUUGAGAUGUUUCAGCAGAUUGCAGCUGAUGAGCCGCCACCAGAUGGUUGUAAAGCAUUUGUGGUUAUUCACAAGAAGCACACCUGUAAAAUUAAUGAGAUUAAAAAGCUGCUGAAGAAGGCUCCUUCAAGACCCAGACCUUAUCUGUUUAAAGGAGAUCAUAAAUUUCCUACAAAUAAAGAGAACUUACCAGUGAUUAUUCUCUAUGCAGAAAUGGGUACUAGAUCAUUUAGUGCAUUUCACAAAGUAUUGUCUGAAAAAGCUCAAAAUGGAGAAAUUCUGUAUGUCCUUCGCCACUAUAUUCAGGAGAACGCGAAGAGACUGGAUCUCUCCCUGGAGGCUGCAGAUCCCAUCGUCGGCAGCCUGCUCUUCACACAGAGCUCAGCCAUAGACUUCCCUGAGGCAUCACUGUGGUCUGGGCAGCUACUGUGGCUGCUGCUGCCACCACUGCCUCUGCGGCCAACAGCUAUUCCACGUCGCACCACCAUUGCCUGA